UUUCCGAGCCGCCCCUGAACGCACCGUCAGUGUUUCCUGGUUAGCGGAGGAGGAAGAGACGCGAAGUUCGACGGAGAAAGAAAAGGAGACAAACAGAGGGAAAGAGGAGGAAAAGAAGAAGCUGGAGAAGAUGGAGAAGAAGAUGAAGACUCGUCCCGACCUGCUCUUCAUCGCGCUCCUCUCCCUCCUCGCCCUUGUUCCAGCGGGUCAGGCUGAGAAGCAUUCCCUCACGUACAUCUACACGGCCUUCUCCAAACCGACCUCCCUUCCUGGGAUCCACGAGUUCACAGCCAUGGGCCUGGUGGACAACACCAUGAUCGACUACUUCGACUCUGACAUCAAACAGAAGGUUCCCAAACAGCCGUGGAUGAAGGAGAAAAUGCCGGAGAACUACUGGGAAAAAGGGACCCAGUCCCGCCUGAGCAAGCAGACCUGGUUCCGUGUGAACAUCGACAUCCUGAUCGAGCGCAUGCGACAGGACAAAAACGAGACCCACAUCCUUCAGUGGAUGCACGGCUGUGAGAGCGUCACGGAGAACGGCGAGACGAAGUUCCUUGAAGGCAAAGACACGUACAGCUACGAUGGGAAGAACUUCCUGCAUUUUGACGAUAAGGACGGACUCUGGAUCAGCUCCAGUCCCGCGGCCAGAGACACCCAGAGGAAGUGGGACGGAGUCCAGACCCUGAAGGACUACACCAAGGGCUACCUGGAGAAAGAGUGUCUGGAUUGGUUGAAUAAGUUCGUGGAGUUUGGACGGAGGCAGCAACAAGAAGCUCCUCGACCUGAAAUGUUCCUGUUUGCGAAGAAGUCCCGCACGGAGAGCAACGUGAUCCUGACCUGCCUGGCCAGCGGGUUCCUCCAGAAAGACGCCCAGCUGCUGAUCAGAAGGAACGGCCGUCUUCUGGAUGAGGUGGAUGGAGUGAGGAGCUCCGGCGUUCGACCAAACAACGACGACACCUACCAGAGAAGACAGUGUGUGGAGAUCUUCAAGUCGGACGAGUCUGUAUACACCUGUGAGGUCGUUCAUGAGGGAUCUGGUCUAAAGCACAUGAAAGUCUGGGAUCGCACACUUCCUGACGAGGGUUCUGGACUCAUCUGGAUUGCUGGGGUUGUUGUUGGAUUGGCUAUCGUCAUCGGGAUUGUGGGUGGAAGCAUAUGGUACUUCCGUGGAAAAGGCAAAUGUGGCGGUUCCGGAGAAUCCAAGAAUCCCUCUGAAAUCGGAGAUCUCCUGGGGACGAAAGUCGAAGGUUCUAGCAGCUCUGGAUCAAACUCGAGUGUCACCAGCGACUCUGCUCCACCAGUUGCAUCAAAACCACCAGCACCUGAGUUGGAGCCACUCAACGCACAGGAGGACGGCGGUUCCGGCGGAAACUAAGAGCUCCUGGAUGAGGAACAUCGUCUGGAUGAGGAAGUUCCUCUGGAUGGUCAAUAAACUUAGACUUAAUAACAAUAAUAAUCCUAACUUUUGUCCAUACAGAACUAUAUGUAUUUUGACCAUGUGAAGAAAAGACAGAAACAUCUGAAAAACCUCCUUGGAGGACACAGAAAAUAUCAAACAGCUCUGAGGUCAUACAUCGAUAAACGCCGACCUGGGUUGACCGGUCGCCCCCCCCUCUCUGAGGAGCACAUAACCACCCCACAUCAGAAAGGCCCCCCCACAGCUGUCACUCAAAUUGCCCCCCCCACAGCUGUAACUCAAAAAGCACCCCCCCCCUUUGUAUACCUAAUUUUGUAUCUUUUUCCUGGUUUUUAACAUAUAUAUUGAUUGUUUCAUAUUAUAUCCCUCACUAUGAAAAGUGUCUUUGAGGACUUUUUUAUUUUCUUCUUAUUUUUAUAAACUAGUCGGUUUACAGGUAUUACAUUGUUAUAGAUAAGAUCAGAUGAAUUCAAUUUAAAAACAAAGUGUGGCUAACAGGAUACAAAUCUGUAGAAUAAGAAUAAAUAUAUGGAUUCAUUAAUUAUAAAAACUAUAAAAUAGUAAAACGUUAUAAUAGUAUUAUCUAAUAAUCAUAUAAUAAUAUCUUAAGAAGACUUCGUUGUCGGCCAUGUUUGAAGGUGAGUCGUCAGUUGAGAUUAAAUCAUAUUAAUAAAUGGGCAGUAGAUGAAUCAAUGAUUUGACGAGAUCUGUACGUAGUUCAUCGUCUGUCGCUGGAGUUUCAGUUGAGAGACGAGAGGAAGUUUAAUCCGGUGAAAAGAGAGACGUGAUGAUUUAAAAGUAUGUAAAAAAUAUGUAAAAUGAAUAACUUGUUCUGUGAGGUAGAAAUUAAGUGAGUGUCUGAUGUUGGAAGUUAAUUCUUAAAUCAACACUAUGUAACUGUCACUGAGCAGCAGCGCCCCCUGCAGCCAGGGAGGUGAUUCUAAUCAUCAUGACUCUUAGAAUCACUAGAAGCUUCUGCUCGGGUCCAUCAGGUCUGUGGGUUAGUGACCGUUCUCUGUUCAGUCAGUGAAGAAGUCCUGUUGCAUAGUGUUGAUUUAAUUUAAUUUAAUAAUGUACAAGCUUGUCUGGUAAAGGACUUUCAAGUUUUUUUUUAAAACCUAAAUUUUUACAGGAACUAUGGAAAAACUAAGAAUCGAAUGCGAAAACAUAUUGGAUAAAAGAAAACCUGUGAACAGGAACAUUUGCACCUUAACUCCAUUUAAUCUGCUCAUUAAAUUAAAUAUCAUGUUUGAUUCCUGUUAUAUAAUUUGUGGGAAACAAGGUUUAAGUUGUAAUUAAAAAGAAUGAAAUGCACUUUGAUUUGGUUCAAACUGAGCGAUUAAAUCCUUCAGAACGAAUCGUGCCAUAUAUUUUUAUAACUCAUCAGGUAUAACCAGGAAUCUUUUUAAUGUUGUACGCAGACACGUCUCUGCUGCAAAUCUUUGUUUCUAUCGAGUAUUUUUAAAGGAUCUUUGUGUUUUAAUGCUGAGCUCACACUGGAUUUAAUGAUUUCAUUCAUUGUAGAACAUUAUUUGUCUUGCUGGUGCUUAGUUUGCCUGUUAUUGAUUUACAAUCAGUUAUUCUUUAUUAAGUGCUUUAAACUCACUUUAUGUUUAUUAUUCAUUUGACUGUUUUGUGUGUGUAAUGGGUUAGGGGUUAUCGAGGGUUAGGGUUAACAUUUAUCUGCUCAGUGAUAGUGUGCGAAUCACGCGACAUACAUUUGAUAUUUGCAUUUUGUAUUUUUAAAGUUUGCUUGACCUUAAGUCUCCAAUAUAUCACUGUUGAUCAAUGCCAAAGUUAUUGACGUUAAUUUAAGACACAGUUUCUCAAGUUUUCUUUUUGUGAUUGUGUCUUUUUGUUAAAAUCAAAUAAUUAAAGCGAUUGAAUCAGUUCUGAA